GUUUUUUCCACUGCAGGGAAAUGUAGCCAGAAGGAAUAUUUCUGGCAAAUGGGAUUCUGCUUUUCAGUAGGACUACCUGUCCUGAGAUUUUUGGUCAUCUUGGUUAAUUACCUCAGAUUGCUUUUGUAAUUUUUAAAUACUCAGAAGGAAGCUGCAAGGUAAGACAACUGGCAAUUAAAGUACAAAAAAUCUGGGGAUGUGACAAUACCCGUUAAAUUGUGAAGUGGAUUUUUCACAAGACAGAAGACGUGAGAGCAGAAGAAAGAAUAUGAUGCAAACAUAUUUGUGUUCUGAGAAGUUAGUCAGUAACUGAUUACCAUCAGAGAAAGCACUCUUUAGUACAUUCAUCUUGGAAAUGGCCAUAUAUGAGAACACAAUGAGAUCAUAUGAAUGUAGGUUUGCACGAAAUCCAGCUGUUGAGAUGUUCCCAAGAUACUGGCAGCCAAAAAAAGCAUACCAGUGAACAGGGAUGUGAAUUUAUGCCAGCAGGCAGACUGGUGAAAGGGAGAGCAGAUAUAAGGAUUAAAUCUAUUUUGGGAGGUGCUUUUUUUGUUUGUUUUUGGUACAGUCUUUCUGUAUCUCUUUCUUGGAUUAGUUAAAUGCCUACCAAAAGCAAUAAAUAACUGCAGGGUGCACAGGGAGAAAGAAUGGACUAAAUAAAGGGUAUAUGUUGACAGAGAACAUAUGUGCUAUGUGAAAAAAAACAGUUUUAUUGGGCAUGAAAUCCUAGAGUAUGGGCUGACAAAGGACAUAGUUGAGCAAACCCUUGGGAAAAACAGGACUUUAUGUGAAACACAGAGAAAAUGAAGUGGAGAUUACUUCAGGAGACAAAAAUAUGGUAGAAAACCAAUCCUUGAAGGGAGAGGAAAGUGCCUUACCCUGAAGAGAUGGAAAUGAAAGAGUGUAAUCACCUCUCUGGAUUUAGCACUGCUGGAUGAUGAAAUCAGUGCAAGGUCUGUGUAAUCUGCCUACCUGCAGAGACUGCUCUCCCUGAGAGAUUUGUCUCCAUUAGAGACUCUGGAGGUACCUUAGGCUCUCGUCACAGCCUUAACUUCUGUCCAGCUGCUCAUGACCAGAAGUUCUUGCUACUUGGAGGCUGUUGAAUACCUAAUGUAAAUUGAGACUUGUUACAUGAUCCAUUUGGAAGAGGUCACUUUCACUCUCCUAAUUCAUUUGGUUUCUGACUGCUGGCUUUGAACAGUUGUUGAACACAUGCAGAAGCAGAAUAAAAUUACCUGGAGAGGCUGAUUUGUGCAGAGCGGGUAUGCAGCUUUUGGGCUGCCUCUCAGGGAAGCACAAAUCUGCUCUACAACAGUACUUCUGUUUGGUGGACAGAUGAAGGGCCUCUUGCAGUGGUGAUUUCCUUAGAAUGAGGUAGACAGUGCCAUUUAAAGCUUUGGAUAGCAGUGAUUCUGAGCACACAGCCCUGGCAGUCUCCAUGGAGCCUCCAUGCCUCUGUUGUUCAUGGGGCAGCCUCUGCUGGAGUCACAUUUACAGGUCUUACGGCUGCAGCCUUGAAUGAGUGAUCACCUUCAUGUUCUGUGCCAGUGCAAGCCCCUCUCUGGUCUGUUGUAUAGCAACUUGUACUCGUGUUUAUUUUCUCCAUUUGCAGGGGACAUUGAAAAGUGUCAAGUUCUGCUGCUAUUGUCAUAGAGGCAUAACCUGUGAUGCAGUUAAAAACCCGUAUCACAUGGCUCAUAGUGUGAAGCACUGUGAAGAUCAGCUCUGUCUCUGCCCUCCCUGGAGAAGUUAACAAGUGUGUGUGUCAUGGAGCAGACAACUCUGAUCCAGCCUUCUUCACAACAAUACAUUUUGUGCUAUGCCUAAAGCCAGCGGUGAGUCAGCUACAGGAAUUGACUCUCUGGUGUCAUCUUGGUGCCAGCACAUUAGGCUGGAUUCUGUUUGCCAGCAUUAGGUAAGCAUCCCAUGGCUUCAGGCUGUUUUCAGUCUGUGGCUUCAGCUUCCUGAGCAAUGAUCCGCAGGGAAACUGAACCAGAAAGCUGAAGGAAAAGGGACUUGUGCCAAGAGAAGACCUGAACAAACUGAGCUGUCUCCUCUGUGCCUCAGUCGUGAGGAGCCGUGUCCCCUGGGGCUGCCUUGAAGGACCCGUGCAGAGACUCAAGCACCCCAAACCUGGCAUCCCCGUCCUGCUGCCGGCCGGGAUCAUGCUCCACAGCUAAGCAGGAUGACAAUAAAAUAAAGAAACAAGAUAUGCCAGCAGUUUGUGAUCUUCACUGCUGUAAGGAUGUGCCCAUAAGAAAUGGCCUUAUUGGGCAGAAGCCACCCUCAAUCAACCCCGAGAGACUGAAGGAUUUUGGUGAGGAGGAUUACCUGAACGGGGAUGUGAAGACCUGGGAGAUGAAGAUAGUGAGCCGAAACGAGGAGUUACUCAGGGAGGCCCUGUCCUGCAUCCCUCAGCCAAGCAGUAGGGCCAGCCUGGCAAGCUGUACUAAGCUGAUUCGAUUUGAAGACAUUAGUGCAGCAGCCUUCAAAAUCCAGUGUGGUGUUCAGAAAACCCCCUGCAUGUAUUCUAGGCUAUCCAAGCAGUAUGGAAUGGACAUCUACCUGAAGAAGGAGUUCCUCCAGUACACAGGGUCUGUGAAGGAACGAGGAGUACUUUACCUUCUGAUGUCAUUGCCUCAGGAGCAGCAAAGAAAAGGGGUGAUCGUGGCUGCGGACAGUAACUUCUCCAUGGCUGUUGCCCACCACGCCUGCGAGCUGCGCAUCCCCGCGUUCGUGAUCGUGCCCACCAGCACGGCGCCGGCCCGCGUGCGCACGUGCCGCGAGCACGGCGCCAUGGUCAUCUCCUACGGCACCACCGCCAAGGACGCGCAGCUGCACGCCAGGAGGCUGGCACAGGAGAACGGCUACCUCUACCUCGAGGAGGAGGACAGUGCUGUGUACCUGUCAGGCCUGGGGACCGUGGGGCUGGAGGUGUACGAGCAGGUGCCAAAGCUGGACGCAGUCAUUUUCCCUGCAGGAGGCCACUGUGGCUUGCUGGCAGGGUCAGCUGCUGCCCUCAAACACCUCAACCCACACAUUUCUGUAAUUGGAGUAGAAUCUGAAAGUUUCCCAGUAUUGCAACAAUCCUUAAAAGCUGGCCACCCAACUGAUGACCAGGCCUGCAACAAUCAUCACUUCUAUGGAGAUGUGAGUGGAGUUUGCUUUGGCAGCAAUUCUUUGCAGCUGACUGGGAAGCUUGUGGAUAAAGUUGUUGCUGUGAGGGAGGAGGACAUCCUCAUUUCGAUGCUGAGACUGCUGGAGUAUGAGCGAGCCACGAUUGAUGCAGAAGGGGCCAUUGGACUUGCAGCAGUGGUGGCAGGGAAGCUGCCUGAGCUGAAGGGUAAAAGAGUGGCAGUUGUUAUAUGCAGUGGAAACAUGGAAUUGCAUUUGCUGCAACAGUGCAUAGCUCGUGCCCUGACCCUGGAUAACAGAGUGUGCAGAUUUUCCCUUGUGGUUUCCGACUGCCCAGGAGACAUGUCAAAGCUACUGGAGAUUUUGGCUCGGGAAGAAGCAAGGGUUUUGGAUAUCAGACAAGAACGCACAUUUGUGACGUCUGAGCUCUUCACUGUCCAGGUCAUCUGCACUGUGGAGACCAGAGACAAGCUCCACACAGCCCAGCUGAGGAACGCGCUCUUGGAACGCUACCCCACCACGGCCUGGACCGAGCGGUGACGGGCACGGCGCCGCGGGGGCACCAGGGCCUCUGACAAGGAUGCUGCAGAGCCCCACUCUGGAGGCUUUCACAACAAAUAUUAUCUCUCAAAGCUGAACACUUAGCAAAUAGCUUCAGGAUAUUUAUUUCCUGCUCAAAAUGUAGUAAAUGUCUUUGGGGAAAAAAGUUAAACGCACAACUUUAGUUUAGCUAAGGGAAGCUCUUAGUGUCUGCUGGUGUUGGAGUUCCUCAGUUCAUUAUCAGCUGGCUGCCUGGAUUUUAGCUAGUUUGUAGAGUCCAGUGAUAUUCCAUAAACAAAAAGGGAGAAGGCAUUUCUCUUUACAUCUGAUUAUAGACCUCUCAAAGUCUUUUGAUUUUGAUGCCCCUUGUUAAAGUAAUGCAGCUCCUUCUGCUGGACUUAGCCACACUACAAGUACAGAAAUUUUCUGUUUCCAAGCCAGAAGCAGUUUUCUGUUUGCUAAAUCUGCUUCAGGAGGUGUAUAUUUGUGUGUGGGGUUGAACACACUUCUGUUCUGAUCUUUUCUACCAUGUGAGGAAAAAGUUAUGCUAAUAAAAGGCGAUUUAUACACAGACGAAAAACCCUUGGAAGAUAAAAGCUAAAAUAAUAUUUUUUCCCAAGGGGAAAUGAUCCUAUUUGCAAAAUAAAAUUCCAAAAUAUUUUGCAGAAAUUAAAAAAAAGUUUUAAGUAUGAUUAGAGCUCAUAAAGAGAACACAAGUGUAUUUCUUGCUUCUGCUUUUGGAGACUCAGUAUAAAAAGUAGCAUAUAAACUGGCUUAUGUUGCUAUAUAAAAAGGGGUCUUUCUACCCAUGUGAAUUUUGUAACUAGCAGUCCACUGAUUAUCUCUGUCUAAAGCAGACUCUAUCCAUCUCACUUGACAGAUUAAGCACACUGUUAAUAGUGACAUACAUUUAAAGACUACAUACAAAUAGCCAAAGGCAGUGCUGGGAGAAGAGGAAGCCUAAGUCUUAGGCACAUGGCUAAUGCAAUUAACAAAGAACACAUUGACCUAAAUACCAUUUUUAUCACUACAGGCAGAGACCAACUAAUAUUAUAACACUGUGGGAUGGCAAGAAAUGUAAGAGAAGUUCAGGCCCUCUGCUGAAUGUGCACACAACACAGUUGUGCCUUUUCAUUUGGGCAGAAUUUAAGCUCUGGGAAGACUUUAUAGUACCUUCCAGUACCUACAGGGGGGCUGCAGGAAAGCUUCGUGGGACCAGGGGCAAUGGCUUUAAAGUGGAAGAGGGCAGAUUUGUGUUAGGUACUAGGAAGAAACGCUUUACUAAGAGGGUGGUGAGGCACUGACACAGGUUGCCCUGUGUCAGAAAAGUUGUGGGUGCCCCAUCCCUGGAAGGAUUCAAGGCCAUGUUGGUUGGGGCUUUGAGCAACCUGGUCUAGUGAACAGAACUCCAUGACAGGGAGGCUGGAACUAAAUGGUCUUUGAAGUCCCUUCCAACCCAAACCAUUCUGUGGUUCCAUGAUCCACCUCUCUCUGUAGCUUGUACAGGCAAGAUGGGAUGAGAAGGGCAGCACUGUGGCUGUCUCUGCAGUAUUAUUUUUCUGGGGAGUAAUCUGUUUGCUCCUUCUUGUUGUGGUCUACAAAAGAGCAGGAGUACAGAGCCUGACAAAUGGUGGACAAAAAAUAGAGGUUGACAGAUUUGGUCUGUUUUUGGAAGGACCAUACUGGUUUGCACAUGGAACUAAAAGUGAUUCAUGCCCCAAUGGUUAGUUUUGUUCCCUUCUUGCCACCCAGAAUGAUGGGUGUAGGCCUUGGUCCUGUAAAUCACAGCUGUGUCCUGUCACACACAGCUCCUUUCUCCACUGUCAGAAGAGUUUAAGAAAUCUGUGUGGAAAUAGAUGACAGAGUCCAUAUUACAUGUUUGCAGCUUCCAUUGGAACAAGAAAUGAAGCACAUCACCAAAGAGCAGAUUUGGGGAUGGAAAUCCAUCAUAGACAAGGGUCUGAUUACCCUCUCACCUUUUUGGCAAAAGUCUCAGGAAAUUUUGAGGAUGUUUCUUGUGUAGGUUUCUCUGGUACCUACACAAGAAGAAAAUGGAACUUUAUAACCAAAGUUCUCAGUAGAGGCCAACAGGUUCUGCUGUCUGGAUAUUUGGUUUAAAAUUUUGUAUUAUCCUGGGUUUCAUUGUUUUAGAAGCUCAGAGCAUGAAUAACUUCUUUCCUGAUCAGCGGGAACUGCAUUUAGCAGGUCUUCACAAACCUGGGGCAAGAAGACGUAGCAGGUAGAGCAACCAAAAAUCAAUGCAUCUGAAAUUACUGUAUGAUUUUGGAGUUGUGUUUGGGGUGGGGGAAGGAAGGUGAUGUCCAGAAGAUGCUUAAAAUGUCAAACGUGCUAUUUGCAAUUUUGUUUUAUUUUUAUUGUUUUAAGUAUAAACAUAUUUUAAAGUGUAAAUUGCUCUUCAGUAAAUAAACACUUUAUAUGUGAAUAUAAUAAUACCAGAUAUGUUUUUCAUUCUAUAUUGCCUUUAUUGAAGUCUCAUUGGCUUAAAAGAUAAAAUUAAGAUCUUCCAAGGGAAAAAUAAUCCUCAAAAUGAGACAUUUAAAUGAAUGUAUGCUUGGAAACAAUAAUGAAAUACUUGUGCUGCUAACCUUUUCCUUUUUGAAUUAUGAAGUAUAAGAAGAUCUAUGGCAUUUCAAAGAUCUAACAAUGUGAUUUUGAAUGUUUUAUUUAAAGACCUAUUUUUAUAUAGAGUGUUAUGUACCUUGAAAAAUAACUUAAAUGAUUAUGUAAGAAUUUCACUAAUGGUUAAAUCAGAAAAAUAUAAAUCUCAACAUUGUAUUUAUUUGAAAAAUAAUUAAAAUUCUGCUAUGCCACCUCAGCAAUGAAA